GAACUCACUUUUUGUUGUUUUCCAGAUGAAGUAAUGAUGGAGUCGGGAUCUGAGUUGCUGGGUACGGAGCUUAAUCUUUAGCACCAUAGGGCCAGGGUCUCCUUGUAGCGGGUUACCGUCUGUAAAAGUUUAUAUUAGUAUGGAUGUUGACUUGCUGGAAGGGUAUGGUAUGGGGUGUCAUUGAUGUAUAGGUAGAACUACAAGUUUACCUUGAGUUAGAACAAUGAACUGUGGACAAGUUUUGUUUAUGGGGAAUGCUAUUAGUAUGAAAUUGGUGUGUUGGGUCAUAGGAUUGUUGAUCGUACGCCGUUGGAAAAAAAAAAAAAAAGGGGCGUUACACAUUUAGUAUAAGUUAUCAGAAUUUUACACUUGCACCGUUAUUACUUGAGGAGGUAUUCAAAGAUUAGCAGCAACUCAAAAACUUAAUAAAGUCCGGAGGAAAUAAAGGAUUGAGGAACAUGAAAAGAAAAUGUUACUAUAUAGAACAAGAGCUAAGGAGACUAUUUUUCAAGAAAAAAUUAUUAACUUACCUCAAACCUUCUUUAUUAAAUAGUGUUGUUUUGCAUAACAUUUUUUCAAAGAAAACAUGAUUGGUAAAACUCCUGUAUAAAAAGUAUCCGAUUCGAGGACGAAUCAUUUUUGAAGGGGGAGAGGAUGAUGUGAACAUGGACAUGGAUCAGAAAGAAAAUGCUCAAUCCAAAGAAAGAGGAUGAAAUAGGCUAAAACAGAGAUCUUACAGCUGACCCUAAAUUUCCAUAUGUCUCCCCAUUAAUUUGACCACAAUCUCUUUUAAUUAAAUGGAAGAUUAAAUUUAUUUUAGUUAGAAAAUUAGUUUUUAAUUUUUAAUUUAUUUCGAUAUGUCUUCCCUCUUAAUUUGAUUACAAUCUCUUUUAAUUAAAAAGGAAGAUUAAAUCUCUCUUAUUUAGGAAAUUAAUUUUUAAUUUUUAAUUUAUUUUCUAUGUAAUUGCAAAUAAAAUUAAAAGAUUUUAUUUUCCUUUUUAUUUACUUGACUUGGCUUAUAAAUAAGUCACUAAAUCUUCAUUAUAAGACAUUUAGAAAUUAUUUCAAUAAUAUUAAGAGUAUUUCUUUUCAAGAAAGGUUCUUCUACCAUCUUGUUGAGUAAGGAGUGGAUCUACUUAUUAAGAUAUGACCUUGUGACGUUUUUCCAUUCUAUUUCUUUCAUUUUCAAUGACCUUAGUUUUUAUCAUUCUUGAUAGUGGGUUAAAUAGGAAGAGUUUCUAUAAAAUCAAUUUUUUUGAUGUUUUUAAAUAAAAUUGUGUGAGUUUCUGAUCACGUUGAUUAAUCUUGGGUUCCGCAUCAGUAGCCCCUUUUGUUGUGUGAAGUUUUCUCGUGUUAGGAAGAGUUCCUAUUUUUGGAAUAUUUUCACAUUUGGAGUGGAGCUUUACAACAACCCCCCACCCCGCAAAUCCAAAAUCUCCUUCAAUCUAGAUAGAUUCAGUAUCCUCGUUCCUUCGUGCAUUAUUCUUCCUUAUUGCAUGCAACAAUAUUUUCUGCUAAGUUUUCAUAUCUAAGAAUUUAAUUUAUCUUAUGUUAGUUUAAAUGGUUUUAUUUUUAGUUCUUAGCAAAUAUAAAGUUAAACUAAGUGUGUUUCUGGAACUGAAACCAUCUUCUAUCUUCUUUUUCGUCACUAAAGCCCUUUUUCAAUCUUACCAACUCAACUAUUAUUUUUUAAAAAAAAUGUAAGGAGAAGAAAAUGAAAAUUAAAAAUUAAAAAUUUAAAAGUCAGCAAAUUUCUACUAUUGAUAUAUACUCAAAUUUUUUUCUGGUGUUUUUAAGAAAGGAAGAAACAUUUUUGAAGGGAGACAGGAAAGCAAUAAAAAUUAGAAAAAAGUAGGAAAGAAAAUUUAAAAAAAAGGAAAAACCUUCAAUACACAAAAGCAAGCAAACCACUCUCUUUACCAAGUGGAUUUGUUUGUGGUUGUAAUCAUGGUUUACUUAAUGAGUUUGUCUGUGGCAAUGAAGUCAGGAUUCAUUUUGGAGGGCUCAGAUCGAUAACCAAUCUAGCUGCAGAUUUGUUAUAACUGAUGUCUUUUACCCAUUUUCUUUAAAAUGGAUGUUUAAUGUUUUUUUUUUGUUUUCUAUUAUAUGCAGUUUAUGCUUUCUAAAUUUUUCCAAAAUUUAUCAAAUCUGACAGCUUCAUAAGGAGCUUCUAAGUGCACGGGAGGAGGCAAAGGUAGCUAAUGAACAACUUGCAUCCAACGAAUGUCUGGGAGGAAUUGAUGAGAAUUUCCAGUAUGUGGUCCAGCUUUCAGAUGAAGUAGAAGAAGUAAUGACUGAAGUUCAAAAUAUGAAAGUAGUUGUUGAGAGUGCUUCAUCACUUUUGGAUGAGGUUCUUCAAGGUUUUUCUUCCUUUUCUGAUCUGUUCCUUGAGUUUGAGUCUUCCAUGGAUCAGAAUUCUGUGCAAUGGAAAUCAAUUAUCUGCAACCAUGAGAAGUUACACUUUUCCAUGAAACAGGAACUUUCUGAACUUGAGAAUCAGAAGCUUCUUCUGCAAAAUCAAUCUGUCAAUCUGCAGAACCAGAUAGAAGAACUAAGGUUGGAAGCCCAAAAUCAUGAAACAUCAUUGAUGACCUUCUCAGAACAAAGGGAUCUAGAAAAAUCAGAAUUUCUUGAUUAUAUUCAAUGUCUAGAAACAGAAAUAUCAGGUCUAUCGUCUUGUUCUUUGGCCAAGGAAAAGGAAACCCUGAGAAAGGACCUUGAGAAAACAAAAACAAAGUUGAAGGAGACUGAAUUCAAGCUUAAAAAUGCAAUCCAGGAGAAAACCAAACUUGAGGGUGAAAAAGCAUUUGCUGAGCGAGAGAUAAAACGAUUGCAUGGUCAGAAAACCCUUCUGGAGCGUGGGAUCAGCAAACAAGAUUCAAUUGCUAGUAAAAGGCGUGAUUCUACUGUUGAGAGAAGUUCAAAGGUGUUUGAUCGCAAAAGGGCAAAGAGUUCUUUUGCUCUUUCAGAACAGAAAAUGCAGGAAGAUUAUGAAAAGCUCGAAGUUCUUGCAUUUGAGAUGGAGACAACUAUUGCUUCUCUGGAAGAGAAAUUAGCUAUGGCACUCCAAGAAAAAGAAGAGGCUAUAUCUAGAAAUGUGGAUUUAGCUUCGGAAUUGGAAUCCAUCUCUAAAAAUUUGGACCUUUCAAGCUCAGAACUUACUGUAUUGCAAGAAGAAGUUUCAGGCCUUAGAUGUAGGUUGGAAGAAUCUUCUUCUGAUCAGAAAAAAAUGGAAAGCUCUAUCAAGGUGUUGCUGGAAGAAAAGGAAGAGUUAGCAAGGCAACUCACAAAUUCUCUUCUCGAAAUAGAAGAGGCGAAGGCAAUAUGGUGUUGUAAGGAGAAAGCCUCCGUUAAAGCCUUUGACGAGAAAGCCGAGUUCUAUCAUUCAGAGAUUAAAUCACUGUUAGAAGGAAUUUCAGAGGUGAAGAAUGAGUUACAAUCUUGUCGAGAGGAAUGUGAGGUCUUAAGGGAAAGACUGGCACAUUGUGAGGAGGAUGCAAGGAAGGAGAACAAGUGGAGUGAGGAGAAGUCUCUGGAAAUUGAUCGAGUAAAGAAUAAUCUAAAAUUGGUUGAUGCAGAGAACAAACAAUCUCAGGAAGCUUUAGGAAUAGUAACUUUGGAGCUUCAGCAUGCUCAUGAUAAAGUGGACAUGCUUCAGAAGGAACUCAUUUCUCUCAAGAUUGAACGAGAAGAUCUGUUAGUUCAGCAUGGAGAAUUUGAUAAAAGACUAGAUGAAUCAAAUGAAUUCCAGGACAAACUGAACAACGGCAAGGAAAAGGCAAAGCUGAGGAUGAAGCUUCGAGGGACACAAGCGCAGUUAGAUGCCUUUCGGUUCAGAUACCAACAGGCAAUGGAGGAGUUAGAUCUUAUGAACAGAAAGUUUGAAGAAGCUUCAGCCAACCUUAAGAAUAGGUUGGCAUCAAAAGGACUUGAGGUACUCAAUCUUAAGAAGCAGCUUGCUGCUGCUACUGUCAAGUAAGAUCCUUACUUCUAAUUAACCAAUUGUACACCAUCUAGCUUGUGUAAAUGAUUUGCAUUUAGAAAAAAGUAUACUAAUUAUAUAAUUAUGUAAAAGCGGAUGGUUUCAUGGAAAAGACAAUAUUUCUUCCA